AUGGAACCCGUUAGUGAUUGGUCGACCUUAAUUCACGAGAUGUUGGUAGAGAUAGCGAAGCGUAUACCGGUGGUGGCAGAUUUCAUGGCUUUUAGAGGAAUUUGUGCUUCUUGGCGAGCCGCGGCGACGAAGGAUAAGUUUGUCCAUUCAUUGAGAAGGGUUCCGUUUCUUAUGCUCGCGGAGAAAGGCGGCAGUGACGAACGUGAAUUCUACAGUCUAUCGAGAAGAAAGAUUGCUAUGCGAUUACCGCUACCGGAGAUAAAGGGUAAAAAGUGUAUGGAGGCUGGAUUUGGGUGGUUCCUAACCGUUUCAAAUUCAGGCGAGGUCCGGCGACUUGAUAUGGACAGAGGUCUAAGUAAACACAGCCUCCUUUUGGUGGGAUAUGGAAAGUUUUAUGCCAUCAGUGCGUCUGGUGGAGUUUGUGUGUGGGAUGAAUCUUCACCAUUUGUGAAAGUUGUCAAUGAAACUAGCAAGGUUUGUGAUGGAUCUUCUGAUAAGACAAGGGUUGCACGGUCUGCUCAAACUGAGGACCCGGUUUUGCACGAAUUGGAAGCAUAUCUCGUGGAAUCAUCGAGCGGCGACUUACUAGUAAUUAUUCGGGAUCGUAUUGAAUGUGUGGAAGAUUGGGACUAUGGUGUUACUAAUUUUAAGGUCGUUCGAUUGGACUUGACAAAGUGCGAGUGGGAGGAAAUUUCUAAUUUGGACAUGGAUGCUAUUUUUGUUGGCCAUAGUACUGCUACGUCAAUUGUGGCUUCUGCAUUUCCGGAUGUUAUUAAGGCUAAUUGUAUCUAUUUUACCGGCGAUUGUUUUGAAUCGUAUACCUUUUAUGAUAGACAUGGGAGAGGAUGA